AUGGUAUUCAACGAAGCCAUCCCAGAUCGGAAGUCACCAGUAAUCGAUUUCUUCUUCGAGGUUGCUAGAAACCGCCAAAAAUUUCAGCUUGAGAUCAAGACCGAGAUACCUGCAGCAACCCACUUGAUGCCAUUAUUAAAUGCUUGCGACACUUCAAGGAAAGAGAUUUACAGACGAAUGAAACAUGUCAAAACUUCAGUACCACCAAGCAAUCAAGGUUUGAUUCUAGGCAAGACAAACGAGGGGGUACCAAUCCGCUAUUUCUGGAAAGUCGGCUCGCCCACUGGCCAAACCUACAUUGACCCUGAAAGAGAAACCCUAAUGCUCAAUAUUCCGGAUCUUAUGCGACUAUACCGUUACGGAGGCAGCAUAGAUCUCUCAAAAAUAAAGCGCAUUGCACUAACGGCUUUUGGAACCGACAUCUUCGAAGAUGGUCUGCCUAAUCCGAAAUUAUACGAGGAGGUCCUAGAGCUUAUCCGUCGAGAGUGUCCCGAUAUUACAGUCUUCCAAAUGAUAGCCAUGCUCGCAGCCAACUAUUAUUACCGCAAGCCAAAGUCUGAGAAAGAGCCGGAAUAUCACGUUCUCGAUCUUGAUUCAGACAUGUGGGUUGAGGAUUACAGGGAUCAAUAUGACCAAACAAUUAAAGGGGAACAUAGAGAAAACAUCGAAUAUGUUCUUGACGGCGCAAAGGAAAUGGAAGAUUGUUACCAAGGAUAUCUAGCCCUUCUCAAAAGAUCAGGAAAAGGAGAAUGUUUGAAAUUCUGGGAGAAAGUUAAAUAUACAGCUGCUUUUCACUGUACAUUUGAUGAUGAUGCAGGUUGGGAAGCUCGUAGAAAGAGUGUGCCGGAGCCUAAACUUUAUAUUUUUGCUUUGGAUGCUUGGAUACCGGCUAAUGCUGAUGCGACGCCGUUGAAUAAAUAUAAGGGACUUGCGCAGAUAUUUGAGGGUGCUCCUUGGUGA